UAAAGACUACAGCUAGGUUGAACCCCAUUGUGGUAGGCAUAUUACGAAUACCAGUCUCUGCCUCGAAGGUUGAAGCUGAACCCAGCAAUGUGAUAUACCUGAAUGAAGACAUCAGCAGUUAAAAAAUUCCAUCUGGUACCGAAUGUUGCAGUGCAUCUCUUCAAGAACACAGCCUACUCUGAGCACAUCAGACCUGUUCUCUGCUUCCUACACUAGCUUAUCAUAGAACAUUGAAUCAAGUUCAAGGUCUCUGUCCUUAUCUUCAAGGCACUCAGUAGCCUAUGCCCAGGGAAUCUAAAAGAUCAACCAAAGCUCCAUGCUGAAGACUGGGGUCAACAACUUUGCUCCUCUGGAACAGUGGAACUUUCUACAAUAAAGCUCCAGAUGAUUUGAUAAAGGUUUUCUCUCUCCCUGGUAUCCAAGUUCACAUCAGAGAAUUAGAGGAAACAAGACAAAUUUUGGUUCUAAUAGCUCUCUCUCUAAUUCUACCACAUAAUGGGAGGGCCUUUGACUGGGUUGAGUGGCUGUUUUAAACAGAAUGUCUUGAACAAUAUACUUCUCACAUUUAGAAGACAAGUGAAUGCCUUUUACUUAAUCCCAAGAGCAAAUUGUCAGACUCUAUCUAUGCAGAGACGGAAGGGAGUUCAGCAAUGAAGAUGGAAUUCCAUCCUCUGCUCACCCUCUCUGUGUUAUUAUGAGCAAUUACAGAACAUAUGGUAUGUAAGAAUUACCCUCUCUUCAGUGAGAUCCCAGCAAAAUCUCAGCAUAACAGGUCUCCUUCAUCAGCAAGUAUAAACCCUUCCACUCUCCUCUUCACCUACCCAAAGACCAAAUCUGGAAAAAGUAACCAAAAGGGAGGCCCACGUCACAGACAAAAGAGGGAAAGCGGGAUGAUGUUGAAAUAAUUUAAGGGAUGGAUUUUUCCAUGCUUGGAGGUGUAUUUGGCUUCAGAGGAUAAUGUUGGCACAUGGGAAAGUUGAGUCAGGAGAUCUUCAUCAAGCUGUGGACAUAUAUAUCAGCAGCCAGACACUAGAUUACAUGGCUAUUGGUUUUCUUUAUCUUCAUCCACUGUACGCACUUGCAAGACAUCCCCGAGACCAGCACUGCUGUGCCUGGAAAUACUGUGAGCCAGAUCACCCCUCCUUCCAUUGUAAAACCUGCUGGAGGGGCCUCGGCGGGAGGAGGGGGAAAUCUCUCUAAAGAUCCCAUUGCAUUAUUUGUUCCCAGUCAGUCAUUUGAGAGAGCAGGUUUUGCCCUUUGUGGAACGGGCCGCAGGGCCCAGCAGUGAACCUGGAGAAUCCUCGAAGAUCUACAAGAGAUCAGGGCCAUCUGUGCAGAGGUCUUUUGCCCAUGAACCAGCUCUAACACUGGGCAGCCUCCUGCCCAAUCACCAUCCAAGGACUCCCAGCAGAACUGGGGUUUCCACAGACAAGAUCACAUAAUCCCAAGCAAUCUCAUACGUUUCUGGUGAAUCACUGUGGGACCAAGAGCUGGCUGGAAAAGAGGUGCUUCCUUUGCCUCACCCUGGCAUGCCUGCCCGUGCCACUAGCCUGCCCAUUUCCCCUAUUGGGACACUGGAGCCUUGGAGCAAAGAAGUGGCUGACCCUCCCAGUCCGAGAGGGCAGUAGUCCUCUCCAUGUGUAUAUCUGUCAAGGACACUCAGGCGCUGCACUUGGGAAAACAAGUGCCUCACUGAGUCUAGUAGAGGAGAAGCAAAAUAAACUGUGGCAUCUUCGUGAGGAAUUAAGCAAGUGGACAAAUUCUGCUCUCUGACAUGCGUAACUCAGUAGCAUUUCAGCUGAAGUCAAUGGUGUUUCACCAGUGUAAAACUAAUACUAGUGGGAGCAGAAUCAGGCUCCACAUGUAUAGUAACUCAUAACACAGCUAGCACUUUAGGCCUUCAGAUUACCUGGUUGGCCAGAUGCAGCAGGGCAUGGAAUGAACAAUAAGAGGUUAAAUUGAUGGAUGACCAACAAGAUAAGGAUUGUGCCUCAGAAGACCAUGAAACUAUCCUGAUUAAUGGGGUGAAAGAAAAUGAAUCACAUGACCCAGACAGUGAUGAGAAGCCUUGCACUGCUGCAGAUGCUGCGGUUACAUUUUCAGCCUUGACAAUAGCUCAGAAGGAAAAUCAAGUGUGCCACCGAGUGCUGCCUCCUCUGACUUCAAAGAAGCCCUGUUUGUUGAGCCCUCCUUCUCCUCUGAGACUCACUGAUGUACCUGAGCACACUUCAGAUGACUCGUCCGCACAUGCUAUUUCUCUUACAUCUUGUGUUACAAAGGGCAUGAGCUCCUGGUCUCUGCCAGGCGAUUGUGAGAAGGCUCCAUUCACAAUUAUGGAGCCCGGAGGCAUGUCAGCUCUGACUGGUGACUGCUUGAUGCAGCCAAGCCGGACCUGUCUAGGCUGCUUUAUUGAAUCAAAGGACGGCAUUGAUGCAGAGCCGGGAAUAAGCUUGAAAGUGGGUGAUAUAAAUAGGGAUUAUGACACCUGUUCAGUCUCUGAUAUAGGGAUUCACUGCAUGAGCACAGGAGAAACCAUGAGAUAUGGGGAUCAACUGCUUUCAGACCAGCUUUUAAGCUUCCCUAUGCAUAAAUCGAGGGCAGCAGACAAAAGAGAUGCAGAGAAAUCUGACAGUGAUUCAGAGGACCCCACUCAGAAAAAUUAUUACGAGGGAUUACUAUCAGACAAAUGCAAUGGUGAGGAACCUUUGCUAACAAAUCCCAACCAGGAGUGGGGCUAUUUCGAAUCUUUCAUUAGUGAAAGUAAAAUAGAGCUGCUUGACCUUUGCUCCAAAAAUGAGCUUUCUGUAAACCUGUUUUCUGAGGAAGAUGUGGAUAAUUACAUGUUUGAUGAUGAUGAUUCAACCUUGGGAAGUGACGUCUGCUCCUUAAAGAUUAGAUAUGAAUCUUUCCAAGACAACGUGAGGGAGAAGACCAAUGCCCUGCAAGAGGAUGCCCAGUUCAACUUCUUUCCCAGCGUGUUUGGCAACUGCACUAAAAGAGACAGCAAGAGCACCCUGAAGAGGGGGGCUGGUGGUGGUGCUGACCCUUCCCAAUUCAAAUCCGAAGAGGGCAUCAUUUGGGGGGAGGAAGAGGAGGAUGGAGAGGAGGAGGAUGGGGAGGAGGAGGAGAAAGCUGCCUUAAAUAAAACUUGCAACAGUACAGAGGUGGUACAGUAUAUAGGCUCUAAAAGGAGCCACUUCUUGGACUCUGUGAAUUCCACAGAGGACUCUGGGGAGUUCAGUGAUGACAGCACCUGCACGGAGUCCUCGGAUGAUGUGCUGCGGGAUAUAAAGGACUGUAGCAGGUAUCUGUCCAGGGAACAUUCCAGUUCCUUCAUACAGCAGAACUAUGGGCUGCGGGCAAAGAGGAAAGUGCGAUACAGCGAUGAUUAUUUGUACGAUGUGGAUUCCAUUGAGAGUGAGAAGAUUCUGGAUAAGAAAGAGUGGCUCCCGGAUGGACCCAAAGAGGAAGAUGACGAUGAAUGGUGCCCCAAGAAAAGGCGAAAAGUCUCUCGCAAGGAGCCCCCGGUUAUCAUCAAGUACAUCAUCAUUAACAGAUUUAAAGGGGAGAAGCAUAUGCUGGUGAAGCUCAGUAAAGUCGAUGCCAAUGAGACAACUGUUACCCUAAGUGAGGAACUGCUCAGCAAGUAUGAAAAACUGGCCCCACUGAAGGGCUUCUGGCAAGAGAGGCAGCAGAGCCGGAUGGAUUAUCUUAGGUCGUCUCUCUAUCACAAACAGAAUUUCUAUCUUAAUGGCUCGGAUGUCUCAUUCCUCCCUCACCCGAGAAAGCGAAAAUGCAAACUAGCAAACAGGCACAGGAUUCAAAGAAUUAAAGCCAUUGAGCAAUCAGUGAACAAACUGGGUUCCUGCUCCUCUGAUCAGAAGCAGCCUUGCAGCAGUAAAGAGGAUGCAGGCCUGAAAGGGAUGCAGACAUUAGCCAUCGCUACCCCCAGCUGUGCAAACGGAUUACAUUUAAAUGACAUCACAGGCAUUGCCUCAGUGAAGUACAAAUCACAGGAAAGGGAAUAUAAGGGGACAGAGAGGAAAGUGCUACGCCGAAUCAAAUUCAAAAGUGAAGCCCGGUUGAAAUGCAAGAAAAUCAAAGCUGCCACAAAUACGGAAGAAAUCUCCCCUGCUUUGGAAAAUCAGGACACAGCAGCUAGUUUGAAGGAUGAAAAUAUUCCUUGUGCUUCAGACAGCUCCCAUAUUUCUGAGUGCCAUGAGGAUAAGGUUGCUAAAAAUUCUACUUUCCUGCCAGCCACCUGCUCUCCAGACAAGCCUCUACCACCUGCUAAUAUCACCACCAAUGUACCCCUGAUUCCCGGUGGGUAUCUGCAGACAUUGUUAGAUGCUUCUGAUUUGUCAAGUAACACUGGUAUCUCAUACUUCACCCAGCAUCCCGCUGAACAGCAGCAUUCCCUCCCUAGCAUUGUUCAGGCAGAAAAGCAGUUCUCUGCUCUGCAGACAGCCCAGAGUUGUGUGCUGUCCCCGCCUUCUGAAUCUGAACUGCAGCAGUCACCUGGCCACUUAGAAAUUGAGCAGAGCAACUUCAAUAGCAUGUGGCCAGCAAACAAGGCUGCCAACAGCAACCAUCAGGAAUUUGCAAGUGACAUGAGGGAGGCUUCUGCAUUAUCAAAUGAGUUUGGUGGCUCAGCAGGAGCAGACAACCUCCCAGCCUCUGGAUACAGUCAAGUAAAUCUGAAUAGCAGCAAAUUGCUAUACCAAAAAAAAUAUGUGCCGGAUAACCAACAAGUGCAGUCUGAUGAUUCUUAUCAGUCAUGUCAUUUUAAUAAUGGAGAGGGGCGCUUUCAUUUCCAACGAGGUACACUAAGUACAGAUGAUGGCAGACUCAUUAGUUUUGAUUCAGUGGGCUCAUUGUCAGUUAGUUCGAGCAAUUACAGUUCUUUAAGUCUAAAGUCUUGUGAAAAGGACGGCGAAGAUGAUAUUAAUGAUGAUUUCUUGGCCCACUGCAGUCCCAAGCUAGUGAUCCAACAAAGCAUAGAUGAAAUAACCCCUUUGAAAGAGUCUACGGACCUUUUAGAUAUCUCCAACUUCACACCUGAUAAGUUCCGUCAGUCAUCGCUUUCGGAAAUGUCUCCUCCUGACACCCCCAACCUUUCCCCUCAGAUAACUGUGUCAGAUACCAAAUCGCUAGGCAAUCUGAAAGGUUUUCAGGAGACUACUCAGACUGUGCUAAGCAAUACUGAUAAGGUCAAGUGGAACUGUGGGGUUCUCCAGACCCAAGAUCAGGCAGAUAAUGGGUUUACUUUAAAUAAUCAUCAGUUUCAGUUCCAUAUGUUCAAUGAUGAAGAUUCUGUUAGCCUCCUUGAAAAAAGUCCAUGCUUGUCAACAUUUAAUGAGCCAUCUGGUCAAAUUAGCGCCAAUAGCAAAGUGUCAAAAUCUAAGAGGAAAAGUUCAUCCAGCAAGAAUGUAGGUACAAACCAAAGUUCUCCCCAGAAAAACACUAGGAAAAAAUCUCCUAAAACUAACAAAGGAACUGAUAAACCACAAAAUAAGAAUUCCAGGCAGACUCCCAAGUCAACAAGGAAAGGGAAAAAUGCAGCUGGAGUCAAUGGUGAAAAGGCUCAAGCAGUUGGCAGCAGGACAGUCAAUCAGUUAAAUAAUACAGCCUCAACAACAAAGGCAUUAGCUGAAUGCAUUCAGCACCGCAGCCCAACCUCUGUAAAGAUAGGGAAACAUAAUGGACUAUCUGGUGAAUGGUCACUAAGAAAAGACAAUAGUACAGGCUGGUCUGAAACUAGUAUAGCAAACACUAACAACCUCCUUGAUGAUGAUCAAAGGGAAUUUGAGGAACCUUCCAAUAUUUUAUCUAACAUUGCAUCUGGAAUGGCAGAUGUUCAGAGAUUUAUGAUGGCCUCAAUCGAACCCUUGUGGGGGCCUGUAGGCCAUAACAGCGUCCCAGAUAUAUUCCGGUCGCCUGAAUCUAACAGCCUGAAAUUGAAAACUCUUAAAAUUUUGGCAGGGACAUCACAAGAGUCCAAGAAAAAGGGAAAUGGUAAUUCCCCGGGAACUGCGAAGAAUCACAAGUCAAGCAACAAGGGCUCAAGCAAAAAUAAUGGCAAAGCCACAACUUGUGAUCCCAGUCGCCCCAACUGUUCAACUGGGUACAAUAUAGACAUUCACUCUCCCUUUUUUGAUAAAAGCUAUAGUAACCUGAGCACUUUAGGCAAUAAUGGACCUACCCAUAAAAAGCUGUACCGUCAUAAAUCAAGUUCUAAAUCACUGAGGGAUGAGAACUGUAAAGUAAAGCGAACAGACCGUGAACAGACCCAUAAGGACCCAUCUGUGACAGCUUCUUUUGAAAAACUGAGGUAAUGCUGCACCAAACUGGCUGGAAUGCAUCCUUAACUUUCCUACUACCUGCUAAGCCCGCUGUUCCUCAUUUUUUCCUUCCUGAAAGCAAGAGUUGCAUGAAAGAGACAUUCCCCUUUUACAAUUUUUUUUAAGUGCAUGAAAAUACUUAUUACUUGCAAGCUACCUAAAAGAAUGACCCAUUUUCUGGCUUGGCUGGGGUUAAAAAACUAACAAGGCUUCUCUUUUCUGCUGUUUGGCUUCUUCAGUUUUUAAUUACUUAUUUAUUGAAAAAAAAACAAUUACAUGCUCUUUUUAAUGAUUUUGAAAAGGAAAGACUUUUUUUUGAACAUUUUGUAUAAAACAAAACACAAAAAAGAAGUUAUGCAUCCAAAAGCCAAGAUAUCUAACUAAAGGCUCUUUAGUUUGAAAAUGAAAACUCAUUCAUAAUUGAGCUUCAUGUGGCAAUUUUGAGUGCUUUCUAGCCCCCUCUGCUGUUUAUAUCAUAACCUGUAUCAUAAAGCUUCAUCUACUGUAUCAGAGUUUAGAGCAUAUGAUCCUGUUGUGGUGACUCCACACAAGCUAACUAAGAUGGCAUAAAAUGUUUGAUUUUUCUGCAGGGAAUCAGACUACAUUCUUCUUAAAGCAGAAACAACAUUUUUGGUUUUACCUGUGUUUGAAGAAGAGACUCCUUUUUCUAGAAAGACAUUUGAUGUUUGGUUUUUUUGGUUUUUGUUUGUUUCUUUCAAAAUAUGCCUUGUGGUAUGUUGAAAUGUAAGUGCUGAA